AUGUCGGCUUCUGAAAUGUUGUGUCUUGUUAGAUAUUUUGGCCUCAUUAUAGGCGAUUUGGUACCAAGAAAAAAUAAAGUUUGGCACUUGUAUAAUGUAUUUUAUAAAAUAGUAGAUGUAUGUUGUUCUAGAUGUUUGCAACCAGAGUGUCAUGUUCAAUUAAAUAAGUUGGUUUCUGAACAUAAUGAACUGUACUUGUCAAUAUCAAAAUGCACUCUUAAACUUAAAUACCAUUUUUUAUUACACUAUGGUCAUCUACUUCUAAAAAAUGGACCACUUAUACUAACAUCUAGUAUAAGAUUUGAGGCAAAACAUAAGACUAUAAAAGCAAUAGCCAAUGCAAUACCAUGUAGAAUUAACUUGGGUCAUACUUUAUCUCAUAAAAUACAAUUACAGAUGAUUAAUCGUUUUUUAUCUCAUACAGGUUUACAACCAGUUUUAAAAUUUAGCUCUAGUUCUUUUAAUGAAGACCAUUCAAACUACUUAUUUGAUUUACCCCCAGAAUUUGAAUGUAAUUCAUUUUCUCCAACAUGGUUGGAAUAUAAAGGUAUAGAAUACAAAAAUGGUAUGCUACUAGUUCUAGAAGUAAUAUCAGGAGAAUGUUUGUUUGGGGAAAUACAUAAAAUGUUAGUAAAUAGCACAAGAAUCCCUUAUUUUGUAGUUAAGCCUUUAUAG